AUGAUAGUGGUGACUGGAGUCAUGUCAGAGCCCGAGCUGGGUUCCCCUGCCACCACCCCAGUUGCAGCCCCAAACUUCUCCUGGAUGUCUGAGGACGGCAGCCCCACGGCUAUGGAGCAGCCAAUAUUCCUAAUGACCACUGCUGCUCAGGCCAUCUCAGGUUUCUUUGUGUGGACAGCUUUGCUCAUCACCUGCCAUCAGAUCUACAUGCAUCUGCGCUGUUAUAGCUGCCCCAAUGAGCAGCGCUACAUUGUCCGGAUCCUCUUCAUUGUGCCCAUUUACGCCUUCGACUCAUGGCUCAGCCUCCUUUUCUUCACCAAUGACCAGUACUAUGUUUACUUUGGCACUGUGCGGGACUGCUACGAAGCCUUUGUAAUCUACAACUUCCUCAGCCUCUGCUAUGAGUACCUUGGGGGGGAGAGCUCCAUCAUGUCUGAGAUCAGAGGGAAAUCUAUCGAGUCCAGUUGCAUGUAUGGGACUUGCUGCCUGUGGGGGAAGACGUAUUCCAUCGGAUUCCUGAGGUUCUGCAAACAGGCCACCCUGCAGUUCUGUGUGGUGAAGCCCCUUAUGGCGAUCAGCACAGUCAUCCUCCAGGCCUUUGGCAAGUACCGGGACGGUGACUUCGAUGUCACCCGCGGCUACCUCUAUGUGACGAUCAUCUACAAUAUUUCAGUCAGCCUGGCGCUCUACGCGCUCUUCCUCUUCUACUUUGCCACACGCGAGCUGCUCAGCCCCUACAGCCCUGUUCUCAAGUUCUUCAUGGUCAAGUCCGUCAUCUUCCUGUCCUUCUGGCAAGGGAUGCUGCUGGCUAUUCUUGAGAAGUGUGGUGCCAUUCCCAAGAUCCAUUCGGCCAACGUGUCUGUGGGCGAAGGUACUGUGGCCGCCGGCUACCAGGACUUCAUCAUCUGCGUGGAGAUGUUCUUCGCAGCCCUUGCCCUGCGCCAUGCCUUCACCUAUAAGGUCUAUGCAGACAAGCGACUUGACGCACAAGGUCGCUGCGCCCCCAUGAAGAGCAUCUCCAGCAGCCUCAAGGAGACCAUGAACCCUCAUGACAUCGUCCAAGACGCUAUCCACAACUUCUCCCCCGCCUACCAGCAGUACACCCAGCAGUCAACGCUGGAGCAUGGCCCACCCUGGCGCAAUGGCAGCCACAUCAUUUCGCGCUCCCACAGCUGCUCGGGUGCCCGGGACAAUGAGAAGACCCUUCUGCUGAGCUCCGACGACGAGUUCUAA